AUGGCGGCCACCUCCGGUAAAGGCACCGGACUCGACCACAUCAAGAAUGAAUCCGUUGAUUUGGUUCGAAUACCCAUGGAGGAAGUGUUCGAGGAGCUGAAAUGUACAAAGCAAGGUCUUACGUCAGAUGAAGCUUCUUACCGUCUCGACCUCUUUGGUCCCAACAAGCUCGAAGAGAAGAUGGAAAGCAAGAUUUUAAAGUUUGUAGGGUUCAUGUGGAACCCAUUGUCGUGGGUGAUGGAGGUGGCGGCUCUGGUGGCGAUCGUUGUGGCGAACGGAGGAGGACGGCCACCGGACUGGCAAGACUUUGUUGGGAUUGUGUGUUUGCUAUUCAUCAACUCAACCAUUAGUUUAAUUGAAGAAUACAAUGCCGGUAAUGCUGCAGCCGCUCUCAUGGCCGGCUUAGCCCCUAAAACUCAGGUGCUAAGAGAUGAUCGAUGGAGCGAGCAAGAGGCAUCGAUUCUCGUUCCCGGAGAUGUUAUCAGCGUCAAACUCGGCGACAUUAUUCCCGCCGACGCUCGUUUACUCGACGGCGAUCCUCUCAAAGUCGAUCAGUCCGCUCUCACCGGCGAAUCGAUUCCCAUCACCAAGUACCCCGGCGAUGAAAUCUUCUCCGGCUCAACCUGCAAACAAGGCGAGAUCGAAGCAAUCGUCAUCGCCACCGGAGUCCACACAUUCUUCGGCAAAGCUGCUCAUCUCGUCGACAGCACAAACCAAGUCGGCCAUUUCCAGAGAGUCCUCACCGCGAUUGGGAAUUUCUGCAUCUGCUCGAUCGCCCUAGGAAUCACAAUCGAGCUCAUCGUGAUGUUUCCGAUACAACACCGUAAGUACCGUGACGGAAUCGAUAAUAUUCUCGUUUUGUUGAUCGGAGGGAUUCCAAUUGCGAUGCCUACUGUGUUAUCUGUUACGAUGGCGAUUGGGUCUCAUAGAUUGUCUCUCCAAGGAGCUAUCACGAAGAGGAUGACUGCGAUCGAAGAAAUGGCCGGUAUGGAUGUUCUCUGUAGUGAUAAAACCGGAACGAUGACUCUGAAUAAGCUUACGGUUGAUAGAAACUUAGUGGAGGUUUUUGCGAAAGGUGUUGAUAAAGAACAUGUUAUCCUUUUGGCUGCGAGAGCCUCGAGGAUUGAGAAUCAAGAUGCGAUUGAUGCAGCCAUUGUUGGAAUGCUUGCUGAUCCUAAAGAGGCUCGAGCUGGUGUCAGAGAGGUCCAUUUCCUUCCUUUUAACCCGGUUGAUAAGAGAACCGCUUUGACGUAUGUAGACUCUGAUGGAAGUUGGCACCGAGCUAGCAAAGGAGCUCCAGAGCAGAUACUAAACCUCUGCAAUUGCGAGGAAGAUGUUAGGAGGAAAGCUCAUGGAGUGAUUAAUAAGUUUGGUGAGCGUGGACUGAGAUCUUUGGCUGUUGCAAGACAGGAAGUUCCUGAGAAGAAGAAAGAUGCUUCUGGAGGUCCAUGGCAGCUUGUAGGUCUUUUACCUCUGUUUGAUCCUCCGAGGCAUGACAGUGCUGAGACAAUCAGGAGGGCUUUGAACCUCGGUGUUAAUGUUAAGAUGAUAACCGGGGAUCAGCUUGCGAUUGCGAAAGAAACUGGUCGCAGGCUUGGAAUGGGUACGAACAUGUAUCUGUCUUCUGCACUGCUCGGACAAGAGAAAGACUCUUCCUUGGGUGCAAUUCCUGUUGAUGAACUGAUCGAGACGGCUGAUGGAUUUGCUGGGGUUUUUCCAGAGCAUAGGUAUGAGAUUGUUAGUAGGCUGCAACAAAUGAAGCAUGUGUGUGGUAUGACUGGAGAUGGUGUGAAUGAUGCCUCAGCUCUCAAGAAGGCAGAUAUUGGUAUAGCUGUGGCUGAUGCUACUGAUGCUGCGAGAGACGCGUCUGAUAUCGUUCUCACAGAAUCCGGAUUGAGCGUUAUCAUCGGUGCAGUGCUCACCAGUAGAGCUAUAUUCCAAAGAAUGAAAAACUACACUAUUUAUGCGGUUUCCAUCACGAUACGUAUUGUGUUUGGCUUCAUGUUCAUUGCUCUAUUAUGGGAGUUUGACUUCUCACCUUUCAUGGUCCUGAUAAUGGCAAUCUUAAAUGACGGAACAAUAAUGACAAUAUCGAAAGACAGAAUGAAGCCAUCUCCACAGCCAGAUAGCUGGAAACUCAUAGAAAUUUUCUCUACCGGCGUUGUGUUCGGAGGCUACCAGGCUUUGAUGACUGUCGUUUUCUUCUGGGCGAUGAAAGACACUGAUAUUUUCUCGAACAAGUUUGGUGUGAGACCAUUAAGCCAUCGUCCUGAACAAAUGAUGGCUGCUCUGUAUCUACAAGUUAGCAUCAUAAGUCAGUCUCUCAUCUUCGUCACCAGAUCCCGUAGCUGGUCCUACGUCGAACGCCCUGGUCUUCUCUUACUUGGUGCAUUCAUUAUAGCGCAACUGGUGGCGACGUUCAUAGCGGUUUAUGCGAACUGGAGUUUUGCGCGAAUAGAAGGAGCCGGUUGGGGAUGGGCUGGAGUGGUCUGGUUAUACAGUCUCGUAACGUACAUCCCUCUCGACUUGCUCAAGUUUGCGAUCCGCUACGUAUUGAGUGGCAAAGCUUGGUUAAACCUUCUUGAGAACAAGACUGCCUUCACGAUGAAGAAAGACUAUGGUAAAGAGGAAAGAGAAGCUCAAUGGGCUGCAGCACAAAGAACACUCCAUGGACUUCAACCACCUGAGAGAAACAACAUCUUCAAUGAAAAGAACUGUUACAGUGAGCUCUCUGAGAUCGCUGAACAGGCCAAACGCCGAGCUGAAGUUGCCAGGCUGAGAGAGGUAAACACAUUGAAAGGACAAGUAGAGUCAGUGGUGAAGUUUAAAGGACUUGACAUUGACACGAUUCAACAACAUUACACAGUCUAA